CUCUCAUUGAACUCACAAUGACUGCGUGCAUAUCAAUAAACUCAUCAUGGCUAUAACUACCAACUUGUAGCUUCUGGGUCCUUUCCCCCCACAUCGGACAGUGAGAGCUGCGAUAUCACUCACCUAUUGUAUGAGUACAGUACUUUGCACAUACAGUACGUACAGUAUCCUCCGGGUCGAUAAUCUGUUUGUGACUCCAACUUAUUCACUUUGUCUGGUAUUGUCCACGGUAGUAUUCUUACAGGGUCUGCAACCUGGCCAGGUUAUGACUACUAAUAGCGACACUAAACGGAUCUCCCUCACGCUGCCUGUCUCUCACUCACUCCUCACUCUCUCUUACAUCUUCACUUUUCUCCUCCCCUUCCCCCCCCCAUCUUCUUUCUUCUACAUUGUCUUCUUCUUUUUAUUUCACUCCCCUCCACCCUCCUCUCCUCUUAUCGUUUCUUUCCUCCCCUCCUCCUCCUCCCUCCUUUCACCUAUUCCCCUCUCUCCCUCUUUACUCUUGCCUUUCCUGAUCAUUCCUUCAGGUUAUCCACCCAGUCCUCUGGUGGUAGCAUUGAUCGCCUUGGCUUAUCUGUCAUUCUCUCUCUGUCAGAUAAAACCCACCUCGUCGUGUGCUUGUCGACUUUGCUGAAGGAGGAACCGAGAACAUAUCUGUUUUGAAAUAAUCGGAUUGUUUUCGUGCCUUCUCAUUGCCGGAAAAGACGUCAGCUCAACAGCGUUGUGGUGCAAGAAUCACUUGGGUUGCCUCUUCCCCCCUUUUCUGCCACUAAAUAGAGAAGAGACUCCGUUCUCUUCCGUAACAUCAUCUCAACAGACAGAACCCCAAUCAAUCCCAUCACUCCAAUCGUCGAGAAGAACUCCUGUUCGCUGGAGAAAGAAGAAGAACAAACGAGCUUUGCC